UGCCGCACACACAGGAAGACACCACGCGCUUACCGGCACAUUGGCAGUUGUACCAGCUGGAAGCAGCCUUGCGGACUCAGAGCUCCUACCUGCUUCUCUCAGUGUGACACGCGACUGUCGCUUUCAAGUUUACUGGUUUUCGUGGUUUCAGAUUAUACUGUCCGACUCGUAUACACCAUGACUGUGGGGCGCUUUAGCUGAGUGGCUGGACAGCUUUUUGUGUCAGAUCACCAGCUGGACAGGCAGACGCCGGGCUUGACAGACCAGUUGGACAGAGAUCAUAAAGGGGAUCUUAAAGGCUGUUGUGUUGCCUGUAUCAUCGCCGGCUGCUCUGCCAGACCUGCGUUUUGGAUAAAGAGCUUCCAUCGGCUGCACUGUGGCUGACCGGUGACCCCGAUCUGCAGCCUAACCCUCUUCUGGGUCACCGCUGAGCUAAUAGAGGUGGUCUGGCUGGGCCUGAUGUGGAAUUUGACCCCAGCUGACCCUGUCCCACAAGUAGCCUUUCACUGAUCCUGGACUCAGUGGAAAGGAAGGAUAAAAGAGCAAGAGAGGCGACAGAGAAGAAAGGAGGAAGAAAAGGAGAGAAGUGAGCGCAGCAGCACAGCGACUGCUCCUCCAGUAUGCCAGUGGAGACCCUGCGGCCAUCAGACAGCCGUCUGGCCGGGGUUCCCUUCACCUCUGCUAUGCCCUUCAGGAUACUUAACAAGGGUCCAGACUACUUCCGUCGUCAGGCUGAGCCUGGGGCCCGUAAACUGAGUGCUGUAGAACGCCUGGAGGCUGACAAGGCUAAAUAUGUGAAGAGCCAGCAGGUGGCUCUCACCCGCCAGGCCCCCAUCAAACCACCCAUCAUUCGCAAGCCCCUCAUUCCUCCAGGGAUGAUGCCCCAGUGUCAGAUCAGCACUCCUCCAGCUCGCAAAGUUGCCCGCUGCCCAGCUGAUGUGGAGAAUGGAGGAGGGAGAGAUGGACCAGGAGGAAGAAGAGGGCCUGCUCUUAACCUGGAUAUUCUGAAUAAUCUUAUCAAUGAUGUAUGUGAUGGACCAAUGCCCUCCUCCCAGUCCUCUUCAUCCACCUCCCCCUCCUCAUCAUCCCCUUCAUCGGGAGCUAAGAGCAUUGGCAGUAGCCUGUCAGCAGAACAAGAGAGGAGCAACCGACUCCUCAACAACCUCAAACCAUUGAAUCACGGCACCGUCAACUCCUCAUCCACCUCCUCCUGCACUUCCUCUCCACUCAACAACAACCUCCGGGCCCCUGCAGCGGAACCCACCCGCCGUCCGCCCCCUAUACCAGCACGAGUGCCCCGCAUUGGGGUUCCAGUGCCCUAUAGCUCCCCUAACUCAGUGACAGUGCGCAGGGUGGAUGUUCGGCCUCAGGCUGAAAUAAGGAAACCUCACAGGGCUCUGCUGCAGCCCCAACUCAGGCCCAGACAGACUGCCCAGGGCCAAGUCGCACACCCCCAAGUCCCACCUCCACCACCUCCUGCACCCUCUCAGAACCAACCCCAACCCCAAACCCUGCCCUCCCCUCCUGUUUACCUGCCGCCUAGUCCCAUGCUGGUUCGAGCUGGCAUGAUCCCACCAGCCUCCCCUGCUUUCACUCGUAUUUCAAAUGCCAGCUCCAAGGGGUCCAGCCGUAAGCACCCAUCCUUGCACCGCUCAAAGUCGGACUUGAGCGACCGAUACUCCCGUGCCACGGCCGACUUGGAGCGUUUCUUCAACUACUGCGGGCUGGACCCAGGGGAAGUUGAGAGUAUGGGUGGAGUGGAGCGCUUCACAAGAGCGAACUCAGACAUUGUGUCCGUCUCCAAGCUCCGUAGCGUUAGCACACCCAGCUCGGAGUGUGGGGACGAGGCCUUCCCGGCGAGGGAAGACUGCGGAGACGAGGAUGACGACGACGGGCCCGCCAGAGCCAACGAACGAGUUCCCUACGGCAUCUCCGUCAUUGAGAGGAAUGCUCGAGUUAUCAAGUGGCUGUACGGCAUCCGUCAGGCGAGAGAUGCUAACAACGCUGUCUCUAACGUAUAGACUGGGGAGGACUUGAAAGAAAAAACAGGGAAGCAGUACUUUUUGUACGUUUACAUACGUCUGAAGAAGGGAAAGCCCGUCUGCUCAUCUUCUGCUGCCUUAUAUGACAUUUAAGGAUAAUCCAGUAGUUGUUUUUUUCUGUUUCCUCUGAAGACUCACUUGAUUUGGAAAUUACACAUUAGUGAUUGAUACCUGGGCUGCAAGUCAGGACUGCUUCCCUGCAAGACUCCAUGGACGAUACAUUUCCCUUUUCCUCCACUUGAUCUUGUUUAACAAUACUGGUAUACGAAAGCAAUAAUAGACUGGUAUAAAUGCUGAUGGUGAGGAUGAAGGCAGAGGAUGUUUGCGAUUGUGGUUCCUCAUGUAAAGGUACUUUGUGUGUGUGUGUGUGCAUGCGUGCGUGCGUGUGUGUGUGUGUGUGUGUGUGUGUGUACGUGUAUGUGUGUGCGUGCCAGAGAGCUCCACAGCACAAAGCCACUGGAACAUGGCUUCAAGCUGCCAGAGCCUCUGAUGCUACGCAGCGCAGCCGGGAAGAGAACCACGCUGAUACUGUGAAAUUUCACAAAAAAAAGCUUCCAUAAAACACAUUUGUAUUUUCAAAAA